UCGGGAAAUAAUCAUGACACCUCUGGUUUUGUUGGCAGUGCUGGGAGUGUGCUCGGCUGGUCCCUUCACAGGAUACACCCCCGAAGUGCAGGCUGAGAGAGCACGCUUCUUCCAAAGCUUCCGUGCUGCUCAGGCUGCCGCCGUUCCCCAGCAGGCCGUGUACCAUCAUGCUGCCGCCCCUCAGCACGGCUUCCACCACGCCGCCCUCGUCCAGCCCAAGUGGACCGGCCCCGUGGCUGCCACCGUGCCCGCCGGCGUGGACGGCACCAUCACGCCCGUGUCCGACACCCAGGAAGUUGCUGCCGCCCGCAACGCCUUCAACAGCGCCUACCAGGCCCAGCUGAGGGCCACAGUGGGUGCCGUUCCUGCCGCCCACCAUCACGCCCCCACCUACCAUCACGCCCCCACCUACCAUCACGCCCCAGCCGCCCCUCACCACGGCUUCCACCACGCCGCCCCCGUGCAGCCCAAGUGGACCGGCCCCGUGGCAGCCACCGUGCCCGCCGGACUCCCAGGCUCCGCCCCGCAGGUCGCUGACACUCCCGAAGUCGCAGCCGCCAAACAGCAGUUCUUCAGUACAUACAACAGGCAGGCGGCAGCUGCGGCGCCCCCGUCGAGCUGCCGCCUGCCUGUUGUACGUGCUGAAGAACUGCUGCUUGGCGGCUGCGACUUCGGGAGUGUCAGCGACCUGCGGGGCGGAGCCUGGGAGUCCGGCGGGCACGGUGGCUGCCACGGGGCCGGUCCACUUGGGCUGCACGGGGGCGGCGUGGUGGAAGCCGUGGUGAGGGGCGGCUGGGGCGUGAUGGUAGGUGGGGGCGUGAUGGUAGGUGGGGGCGUGAUGGUGGGCGGCAGGAACGGCACCCACUGUGGCCCUCAGCUGGGCCUGGUAGGCGCUGCUGAAGGCGUUGCGGGCGGCAGCCACCUCCUGGGUGUCGGACACGGGCGUGAUGGUGCCGUCCACGCCGGCGGGCACGGUGGCAGCCACGGGUCCGGUCCACUUGGGCUGGACGAGGGCGGCGUGGUGGAAGCCGUGCUGAGGGGCGGCGGCAGCAUGGUGGUACACGGCCUGCUGGGGAACGGCGGCAGCCUGAGCAGCACUGAAGCUUUGGAAGAAGCGUGCUCUCUCAGCCUGCACUUCGGGGGUUUGGGUCUAGUAGUAAUGCCUCGAUGGGGGUGCCGCAGCUGCCGCCUGCCUGUUGUACGUGCUGAAGAACUGCUGCUUGGCGGCUGCCACUUCGGGAGUGUCAGCGACCUGCGGGGCGGAGCCUGGGAGUCCGGCGGGCACGGUGGCUGCCACGGGGCCGGUCCACUUGGGCUGCACGGGGGCGGCGUGGUGGAAGCCGUGGUGAGGGGCGGCUGGGGCGUGAUGGUAGGUGGGGGCGUGGUGGUGGGCGGGGGCGUGAUGGUGGGCGGCAGGAACGGCACCCACUGUGGCCCUCAGCUGGGCCUGGUAGGCGCUGCUGAAGGCGUUGCGGGCGGCAGCCACCUCCUGGGUGUCGGACACGGGCGUGAUGGUGCCGUCCACGCCGGCAGGGACGGUGGCAGCCACGGGUCCGGUCCACUUGGGCUGGACGAGGGCGGCGUGGUGGAAGCCGUGGUGAGGGGCGGCGGCAGCAUGGUGGUACACGGCCUGCUGGGGAACGGCGGCAGCCUGAGCAGCACGGAAGCUUUGGAAGAAGCGUGCUCUCUCAGCCUGCACUUCGGGGGUGUAUCCCGUGAAGGGACCAGCCGAGCACACUCCCAGCACUGCCAACAAAACCUGCCAAAGAAAUUUCUUUGUUUAUUGCGGGUCUUCGAUCGGGAAAUAAUCAUGACGCCUCUGGUUUUGCUGGCAGUGCUGGGAGUGUGCUCGGCUGGUCCCUUCACGGGAUACACCCCCGAAGUGCAGGCUGAGAGAGCACGCUUCUUCCAAAGCUUCCGUGCUGCUCAGGCUGCCGCCGUUCCCCAGCAGGCCGUGUACCACCAUGCUGCCGCCGCCCCUCAGCACGGCUUCCACCACGCCGCCCUCGUCCAGCCCAAGUGGACCGGCCCCGUGGCUGCCACCGUCCCCGCCGGCGUGGACGGCACCAUCACGCCCGUGUCCGACACCCAGGAGGUGGCUGCCGCCCGUAACGCCUUCAGCAGCGCCUACCAGGCCCAGCUGAGGGCCACAGUGGGUGCCGUUCCUGCCGCCCACCAUCACGCCCCCACCUACCAUCACGCCCCCACCUACAAUCACGCCCCAGCCUCCCCUCACCACGGCUUCCACCACGCCGCCCCCGUGCAGCCCAAGUGGACCGGCCCCGUGGCAGCCACCGUGCCCGCCGGACUGCCAGGCUCCGCCCCGCAGGUCGCUGACACUCCCGAAGUAGCAGCCGCCAAACAACAGUUCUUCAGCACGUACAACAGGCAGGCGGCAGCUGCGGCGCCCCCGUCGAGGCAUUACUACUAG